UUCAUAAGCGGGGCAAGACGGACAACCGAAGUUUCUCCAUAGACCCCUUUGAACAAGUUAUUUCUUAAAAUCCCGAUCCCCAAAUCCCCAAACCCUAGCUCGCCGGAGCUGCGCAAUCCGGUGAAUUAUCAAGCGGUUCAAUACGAGGCGUCGGCCUCUUAGCCUACGCCGUUUGAUGCCUCUGAAGCCUCGUGAUUGACCGCACAAUUCGUAUAAUCCAUGGAGCGGCAACCUCCGCCGCCUCCCGCCGUGGAGACGCACUUCGCCGAUCUCUGCAAGGAAUUGGAAGUGGACGAGGGCGUCGCUAGCGAGGCCGCGGCGUUGCUGGAGGAGGGGAAGGGCGUGUUUCUCACGUCCCCUUCGUUUGGGAGCAAAUCGCCCGAGGAUGUGGAGAGGCUAUGUUUUGCUUUCGUGCUUUACUGCGUGGCUAAGCUGAAGGGAAAGGGGAUGAAGCAGGAGAGCUCCAGGUUUAGGCUGUGGAAGAUCUUGGAGGGAUGCAAACUCAAGUACAAUGAUUUCUUCAAGGAAUCACAGCAGCUUCUUUCGAAGAUUGACCAUGUUUUACGCGGCCGGUAUGGGACGGAUUGGGAAGAUCAGCUAGAGCUGAAACAACUGCAGAGUUUGGUAAAUCUGUUGGCAGAUGCAAGCAGGUUCUAUUGUAAAGCAUUUAAUGAGCUAUUCUUAAGUGCUAGUACUGGCCAGGAGCCUGGAUCGACUAAAAGUAAUCCUGAAUAUUUUUGUUUUGGGUGGCUAAUUUUCUUAGCCCUCCGUUCAAAAUCACCAGAAUUGUUUAAGGACUUGGUAUCCUGCAUCCAUGGAUUAGUUGCCAUAUUGGCCAUACUUUUAAUUCAUGUACCUGCUAAAUUUAGGAGCUUCACAAUCGAAGGUUCUUCUCACUUAAUAAAACAAACGGUGAGGGGUGUUGAUCUCCUUGCUUCGUUAUGUCAUAACUAUCAUACCUCUGAAGACCGCUUGAGAGAAAUGAUGGGGAAGUUCCACAAGGCUAUAGAGGAGUUUUUCAGCAUGAAAGCAGUAAGGGCUUCAGAGUGCAAAACAGAAACUUUGGACAAAAUAGAUACAGAUGGUCUAAUUUAUUUCAGAGAUCUCCUUGAUAAGGAGUGUUUUCAUUCAAAUUUUGAGAAGUUGGAGAAGCUAAGUAGUACCACUAGCUGGGAAGGGGAGCUUGAUUUGAAAAGGUUUUUGAUCAAUAAUGACAAUAUAAUCAGUGCGGGGAACUCUUCUAGAGAUUUCACUAAUCUAAGCUGCCCAAAGCGUGUCUUUGAAACAUUAGCGUCGCCUACAAAGACAAUAAAGAACAUGUUGACUGUCCCUAGUUCCCCUUCAUCACCUGCCAAUGGUGGUUCAGUUAAGGUAGUGCAGAUGACACCAGUGACCUCUGCCAUGACAACUGCUAAGUGGCUUCGUGAGGUGAUAUCUUUGUUGCCAGAGAAGCCUUCGUCUAAGCUUGAGAAAUUUCUUUCGUCUUGUGAUACAGAUUUGACAAGUGAUGUAACAAAAAGGGUCAGCAUAAUUUUGGAAGCAAUUUUUCCAACUAAGCCUUCUGGCCAUUGGAGUGGUUCCAUGGGCCUGAAUUGUACAAAUGCCUUCGAUAUUCCAUGGGCCCAAGCAAGAAAAAUGGAGGCCUCCAAGUUGUACUAUAGGGUGUUGGAGGCAAUUUGCAGAGCAGAAUCACUCAAUACUAAUGUAAAUAAUCUGACUCCAUUGUUGUCAAAUGAGCGUUUUCACCGAUGCUUGAUUGCAUGUUCAGCCGAACUGGUUUUGGCAACACAUAAGACAGUUAUCAUGAUGUUCCCUGCUGUCUUGGAGAGUACUGGUCUAACUGCAUUUGAUUUGAGCAAGAUAAUUGAGAACUUCGUGAGACAUGAAGAAAGCCUUCCAAGAGAAUUGAAAAGACAUUUAAAUUCAUUAGAAGAACAGCUUUUGGAAAGCAUGGCGUGGGAGAAAGGUUCAUCACUGUAUAAUUCAUUGGUUGUUGCCAGGCCAUCACUUGCUUCGGAAAUAAAUCGCCUUGGUCUUUUGGCUGAAUCAAUGCCAUCUCUUGAUGACAUAGUAGCAAGGCAGAAUUUCCAUGCUGAAGACUUGCCAGCUACACCAUCUAAAAAACGGGCUGCCUAUUCAG